UCUGCUGAUAGACCAGAGCAUUGGGGGCAAGCUGCACAUGCUCAAUUUGGUGUGUAUAGCAAGAUUUUUUUUUUCUGUGGAGAUUGCAUUCCAUGUUCUGUGUACUGUGGGAGACCGGAUAUAGUGAAUGCAGGGUCCGGGGAGACCGGAUAUAGGGAAUGCAGGGUCCGGGGAGACCAGAUAUAGUGAAUGCAGGGUCCUGGGAGACCAGAUAUAGUGAAUGCAGGGUCCGGGGAGACCAGAUAUAGUGAAUGCGGGGUCCAGGGAGACCAGAUAUAGUGAAUGCAGGGUCCGGGGAGACCAGAUAUAGUGAGUGCAGGGUCCGGGGAGGCCA